CAGCGCUGAGUGGUGGCACCAGCGUGGUUGCGUCGGGUUGCCUGGGACUGGGGAGAACCAGGGGCCUGGGAAAGGCGCUUGGCGGGCAACCUUCUCUGUCCGUGGACGCGGGACAUCCGAAGCGCUCUGAGGGGCUUUUGCCCUUUAAAAGACAGAGAGUUCCUUGGCGGCAGGUGACGGGGCCAGAGAAAGAUGGAGCAGCACGGGGCGUCGGCAUCGGGAGCUGGAGGUGGCGGCGAGGAACUCAGCGUGGGCCGGAGCAACAAGCGGGGCGCGGGGAACCGGGCGGCCAACGAAGAGGAGACAAAAAACAAACCCAAAUUGAACAUUCAAAUAAAAACUUUGGCAGAUGAUGUGCGUGACCGAAUUACAAGUUUUAGAAAAUCUACUGUCAAAAAAGAAAAACCUCUUAUUCAACAUCCUAUUGAUUCUCAAGCCAUGAUGAGUGAGUUUCCAGCAGCUCAGCCAUUAUAUGAUGAACGAUCUCUGAAUUUGUCUGAAAAGGAAGUUCUGGACCUCUUUGAGAAAAUGAUGGAGGAUAUGAAUCUUAAUGAAGAAAAGAAGGCUCCUUUGCGAAACAAGGAUUUUUCUACCAAGCGUGAGAUGGUUGUCCAAUAUAUUUCUGCUACUGCCAAAUCUAUAGUUGGAAGUAAAGUUACGGGUGGCCUAAAAAACAGCAAGCACGAAUGCACUCUGUCUUCACAAGAAUAUGUUCAUGAAUUGCGAUCUGGGAUCUCAGAUGAGAAACUUCUCAACUGCCUGGAAUCUCUGAGGGUUUCCUUAACUAGCAAUCCUGUCAGCUGGGUGAACAACUUUGGCCAUGAAGGACUUGGACUCUUACUGGAUGUGCUGGAAAAGCUUCUGGACAAGAAACAGCAAGAGAAUAUUGACAAGAAGAACCAGUACAAACUUAUACAGUGCCUGAAAGCAUUUAUGAAUAAUAAGUUUGGCCUACAAAGGAUUCUAGGAGAUGAGAGGAGCCUUUUAUUGUUGGCAAGAGCAGUUGACCCAAAGCAACCCAACAUGAUGACUGAAAUAGUAAAAAUACUUUCUGCUAUUUGCAUUAUAGGGGAAGAGAACAUUCUAGACAAACUUUUGGGGGCCAUCACCACUACAGCUGAAAGGAAUAACAGAGAACGAUUUUCACCAAUUGUGGAAGGAUUAGAAAAUCAUGAAGUCUUGCAACUCCAGGUGGCCUGCAUGCAGUUCAUAAAUGCACUUGUCACUUCUCCCUAUGAUCUUGAUUUUCGAAUUCAUUUGAGGAAUGAAUUCCUCCGCUCUGGACUAAAAGCAAUGCUCCCAGGUCUCAAAGAAAAAGAAAAUGAUGAGCUUGAUAUUCAAUUGAGAGUGUUUGAAGAGAACAAAGAAGAUGACCUAACUGAAUUAUCCCACCGUCUUAAUGACAUUCGAGCUGAAAUGGAUGAUAUGAAUGAAGUCUACCACCUGCUCUUUAAUAUGCUCAAAGACACAGCUGCUGAAGGUUACUUAUUAUCCAUUCUGCAACACUUUCUGCUUAUCAGAAAUGAUUACUAUAUCAGGCCACAGUAUUAUAAAAUAAUUGAGGAGUGUGUUUCACAGAUAGUGCUGCACUGCAGUGGCAUGGACCCAGACUUCAAGUACAGGCAACGUUUAGACAUUGAUUUAACUCAUCUGAUAGAUGCUUGUGUAAACAAGGCAAAAGUUGAAGAAAGUGAGCAAAAAGCAAUGGAAUUUUCAAAAAAGUUUGAUGAAGAAUUCACAGCUCGACAAGAAGCUCAAGCAGAGCUCCAGAAAAGAGAUGAAAAAAUCAAAGAACUGGAAACAGAAAUCCAGCAACUUCGGGCCCAGGGUGUUUCAUCUGCAAUUCUAGGCCCACCUCCACCACCUCCUCUGCCAGGUGCUGGACCAUGCCCACCACCACCUCCUCCACCACCACCACCUCCACUUCCUGGAGUAGUUCCUCCUCCUCCUCCUCCACCACCAUUACUUGGGAUGCCUGGUAUUCCAGCACCACCACCAGCACCACCUUUGUUUGGAGGACCUCCUCCACCACCACUCUCUGGAGGAAUUUUUCCUCCUCUACCAGUACCAAGUGAACUACCUUAUGGAAUGAAGCAGAAAAAAGUAUAUAAGCCUGAAGUAUCCAUGAAAAGAAUCAACUGGUCCAAGAUUGAACCUAAAGAAUUAUCUGAAAAUUGUGUCUGGCUGAAAGUAAAAGAAGAAAAGUUUGAGAAUCCAGAUCUGUUUGCAAAACUGGCCUUGACAUUUGCUUCCCAGAGGAAAGGUCAAAGGAAUGUAGAUGCUGUCGAAGAAAAUAAGGGUGGUCCUCCAAAGAAGAAAGUGAAAGAAUUGAGAAUUUUGGAUCCAAAAACAGCCCAGAAUCUGUCUAUCUUCCUGGGAUCUUACCGCAUGCCAUAUGAGGAAAUAAGGAACAUUAUUUUGGAGGUUAAUGAAGAGUUACUCAGUGAGUCCCUAAUUCAGAAUCUUGUAAAACAUCUCCCCGAGCAGAAUAUACUCCGAGAACUAGCUCAGCUUAAGAGUGAAUAUGAUGAUCUCUGUGAGCCUGAGCAGUUUGGUGUUGUGAUGAGCACAGUGAAAAUGUUACGGCCUCGUCUCACAAGCAUCCUUUUCAAGCUCACCUUUGAUGAACAUGUAAACAACAUCAAACCAAGCAUAAUAGCAGUAACUCUUGCAUGUGAAGAACUGAAAAAGAGUGAAAGCUUUAACAGACUUUUAGAGCUGGUUCUUCUGGUUGGAAACUACAUGAACUCAGGUUCAAGGAAUGCCCAGUCUUUGGGUUUUAAGAUCAACUUUCUUUGUAAGAUCAGAGAUACAAAAUCAGCAGAUCAAAAAACAACCCUUUUGCAUUUUCUUGUUGAAGUCUGUGAGGAAAGAUACCGAGAUAUCCUGAAAUUUCCUGAAGAUCUGGAGCAUGUAGAAAGUGCAAGCAAAGUUUCAGCUCAAAUACUCAAGAGCAACCUUGCAGCAAUGGAACAAAACAUUCUUCGUCUGGAGCGUGAUAUCAAGAAUUUUCCCAAAGCAGAAAGUCACCGUGAUAAGUUUGUAGAAAAGAUGACGAGCUUUACAAAGAAUGCCAGAGAACAGUAUGAAAAACUGUCCACCAUGCACAACAAUAUGGUGAAGCUGUAUGAGAACCUGGGAGAAUACUUCAUUUUUGACCCAAACACAGUAACCAUAGAAGACUUUUUUGGAGAUCUCAACAACUUCAGAACCCUAUUUUUGGAAGCACUGAAAGAAAACCAUAAGAGAAAGGAAAUGGAAGAAAAGAGUAGGAGGGCAAAGCUUGCAAAAGAAAAAGCUGAACAAGAGAAACUGGAACGCCAGAAGAAUAAGAAACAGCUGAUUGAUAUAAACAAAGAGGGUGAUGAGACUGGAGUGAUGGAUAACCUUCUGCAAGCCUUACAGUCAGGUGCAGCAUUCAGAGACCGUAGAAAGCGAAUUCCAAGGAAUCAAGAUAACAGACGGGCUCCUCUGGAAAGAUCACGCUCUCGCCACAAUGGAGCCAUAUCAUCCCAGUGAUUCCUGAGGCCAGAGACAGUGGAGACAUUUAAGAAAAAAAAAUAAUAAUCCAUUUUGAGAAGAACAAAAUAUACACUCAAGAGUUGAAGUGGAAAUAAAUGCAUUUUCACAAAGGUCAAGCUGAGCUGGGUUAAGUAAAUGUGUAUUUGUAGGAAUACUGCAAAUACACUAAUCCUAAUCCAGAUAUCAUGAUCAGAAAACAUUCGUUCCUCUGUAAAGACAUAUAUUACAUGUCAUUUUGCAUAAUGACCUGACUGUGAAGCUGAAAGUAUUUUAAAAAAAGGAAGAAUCCCAAUGCUUCUACAAAUAUUCCAGUCUGUCAAAAAAAAAUUAAAACUGAAUUUUCUAGGUGACCCCUACCUACCUCAUUCCCAGAAAAAUAGAAAAAGGGGGAGGUAAGGAAUAGACAGAGUUUUCAGUGUCUACUUCCAGCUUAUCUUAUGUGUAUAGUAUAAAGUCUGAAAGAAUGAUGGGGAAGGUACAAAUAGCACACUUUGAAAGAGAAGCCCCACUCAAGGUAUUUGGAAUGUGUCUCGAGUGAAAGCUAAUGGAUUCAUCUAUUUGUCAGAAAUUAAUCUUACCAUUAGUCUACAGUUUCAGCACAAUAUUGUAGGCACUUCCCAUUGAUAAAAAUAAACCAAAGUUUAACAAGAUCAGCUAGAUUUCAACUUUAUUUAAGAAGUAUUUUUUUAAUUCUGCAUAGGUAUCUGCUUCAUAGAAAUUUUUUAUGUAUCUAUUUUUGAGAAAACUUCUGCACUUCCAUGUAUGUGCUAGGGAUGAGGCUGAAAAUUCUAUUGCCUUUAUUUAGAUUUUAGAGGAAAAUAUUGAUUCCUAAUUCUUCACUCUAUUGCUUCUUUCUCCCUUCACCCUCUUUGAGAUAAGUAAUAGAACUGUGAAUUCUCCAGAGCAAGGAAAAUGAUUUUUUUAUGGAAGAGGCAGUAGAAAACUUUUGAAAGGUCAAUUGUUUUAUCUCCCUUUCUGUCCCCUUUUCCAUUCUACUUUGGUAGUUGAAGAUAAAGCAGUUCUCUCUCUCUCUCUCUCUCUCUUUCUCUCUCUCUGUGUGUGUUUGUGUGUGUCUCUCUCUCUCUGUGUAUGUGUUUAUACAUCUUACUGCAACAAUUCCAUAUCCCAGUACAAGAUAAAGCUCUGUCAUCAUCAUACUUACUUACCUUAUAUUAGUAACACAUUUCAGUGAUGUUGCCAAAAUAAUGCUAGCAGAUAAAGAAGCUCAGCAUUUGUUCUAAAUAUGUGAGAGAGCAGAAGUUAUACUUAACUGGUCUAUUCUUUUAUAAUGUAAAUUUGUAAUAAUUGGUAUAACUUCUCUCGAGUAUAAUUUCAAGACUUAUUCAUGAAGAUGAUUGUGAUUGCUGUAUGUAUAUUUCUUAUAUAGAAAAUUCUAAUUCUAUUUCUCCAAAGCACAUUAUAGACAUUCAGAGAAAAGAACAAAUGACUGGCUUGGCAAGCCACCUUCUGGAGAUAAUGUAAACAUGUGACCAGUUGCUCACAGAAUCUUUAUACAGAUAUAUAGUAAUUUAAACUGUUGCCUUUCACUCUAGUGCAUUCUUACUUGGGUAUUAUACUUCAAAAUACUCUGAAGCUGAUAUAAGUAGAGAAAUCAGAAGGUAACAAUGUCUGAGUUUUUUUCAUUUUUUUCUUACAUAAACAAACAUAUAUACACACAUGUACACACACUAGAACAUUCCACUUUCACACACUUUUUUUAAACAAUAACCACAAACUUUAAGUUCUACUAAUUGAUGUAAAUAACUACUGUAUGCAUUUUUGACUUACAAAGUAUUUUCUGAAAUAUAGUGGUAUGGCUUAUUUGAGGUUUUUGUUUUUUCUUUUUAUAGCUUUUCAGGCUAUAGAAAAUUGAUCUUGAAAUGUAAACUGAAAUUUGGGGCAUUUGCCCUGCCAUAUUUUCUAGCUGGUUAAGGUUGAAAUACUGAUGUGUAUUACUUUUCCAGAUAUGAAUUUGCCUUAUUUUCUAGUUUGUAAACAAGAAUGAAGUACUCUUAUUGAUAAAUUAUAUAUUUGUAUUUAAAUACAUUCCACAUGCUUUUCACAAACAUUUGAAAACAUUUCAGGGGACAUAUAAUUAACUUAUGUGACUUAUAAUAGUCCUGUUCAAGCCACUUGCACUUUUUGUUUUAGGUUAAAAGCUAUCAUGCAAAAACAAAAAAGUACAUAGUGGUAUUUUUAAAAGGAAACCAAAUUAGGCUCAAGUAAUUUAUUUAUUUUUGUUUAUUUCUGCCAUAGAUGAGAAAUACCUGUUUCUACAACUUUUACUUCAGAAUGUUACAGCCAGUUUAGCUGGUUAGAAUAUUUUCCUUUGGUUACUGUAAUGACUGACCAUAAAUCUGAUGGUUUAAGAUCACAGCAGAUUAUUCUACUAUGGUCCUGGAGGCUAGAAGCUUGACAUCUGGGCAUCAACCAUUCAUGCUACCUCCAGAGGCUACAACAGCGGCCUGUUCUUGGCUUCAUCUUUUGAUGGCCAAUGGCAUUGUGUGACUCUUGGCCACAUUUUUCUCUGCUCCUUUUCACAUCACCAUCUUCUUUGUGUACCUGGUUUCUCUGUGUCUUUCCUGUAAGGAUACUGAUAGUGUCAUUUAGAGACCACCAUCUUAAGACAGGAUAAUUACCUCACCACAUAUCCUAAACUUCAUGAUAUCUCUAUGAUCCUUUUUCCAAAUAAGCUAACAUCCAGGUACUAUAUAUUUCCUGUAGAUAAAAACUCAUCUCACUUUUCUUCCCACUCAUCCCCAAAUAUAUGUUUGCCCCAAAUGUAAAACACAUUCAUUUCAUCUCAACAUUCUCCAGACUCAACCCAUUACAGUAACCCCUAAAUCCAAAAUCUUACCCAAAUGUCAUUAAUUCCAAAUCCUAUAAUCUAUAUUGUCUAAUGAAGUAUGAAUGAUAUUUAGGAUGUGCUCACCCAUGGAAUAAUAUCCUUUCUCUAACUGGAUUCACUAAAAUAACAUAUAAAAAUAAGUUAUUGUCUUCUAAAAUAACACUGGGGUAGGCAUGGACUAAUAACAAAGGCACUCCUACUCUAAAAAGAACAGAAAAUAAGAGUCACCUGUUAAAUAAAUAAAUAAAUAAAUAAACAAACAAAUAGAUAGAUAGAUAGAUAAAUAAAUAAAUAAAUAAAUAAAUAAAUAAAUGAAUGAAUGAAUGAAUGAAUGAAUGAAUAGAUAAAUAACACAGUUCCACAUAGGCUUCAAGGCCUUGCAAUGCUUCUCUGCCCCAGGGUUUAGGUCUCUGCCUUUGUAUCCGUACUUUGUUCUGCCAUCUGGGUGCUCACUUCUCUAAUCUGAAAGUCAUCACAUUUUUGCAGAGGAAUAAUUUUAUUAGCUUGUUUUCUGCCCAUAGUUAUCUGGCAGCCUUUUUCUCAUUUCCUCCUGUCACCUUCAAACCAAGCCAGGAGUAUUCUGGUAAUUAUUGCAUCCUCAAAACUUUUGUGGGACUUCCAUGUAUAUCAUGUUACUUUAGAAAAGAUGGGCCUCAUGGUUCUUUCCUAAAUAGCUGGACCUCUGUGUUGAGGUAGUUGAAUGAAUCCAGGAAUGUGUAGCUGGUGUAUUUAGCACUAUUAAAAAGCUGGAAGACCAUAUCCUUCAUCUUAACUCCAAAGCACACGCUUCACAUAGAAUUUCAUCAUUUUACCAUCUUUUAUGAUUAACAAAAUUUACCCAAUCAAGUAGUGGUUUCUUCUUGACAUACUGAUUCUUCAAUUUACCUCUUCUCUUAUUUCUUUCCUUGUUUAAAAUUUUAAUUUCCUCAUAUUUAGCUCUUUUUAAAAUUAGUACAAAAAGAAUGAGUCUCAUUGUGGCAUUUUCAUGCAUAUUUUGGUUUUUGUUGAUUCUUCUCUUCAGUUUCUACCCUUCUGCUCUCACCUCCACAUUACCCCUUGCUACCAUCCCUCCAGUAAUUCCCAUUUCACUGUCAUGUAUCAUAUAUUCUUUUAUCAUCUUUUCUUAUCCCCACCCCCAUAAGACUUCUUUUCCCCAGCAAGAAUGAACUAGUUAUACCUACAACAUUUGACUUGCCAAGCUCCUCAGCUAAAUACCCAACUUUGUUACUUACAAGAUCAAGAUUGGCUUUCCAUUAAACUUUAGGAGACAAUUCAGAUAAGUUGUUGUUUUGUUUUGUUUUUGCUGCUAUAUAACAACAACUGCCUUUUUUCUCAAUACAGUAUUCUUUGCUUUUGUGCCAUCACCAGAAAUGCCUUUAAUAGCCACAUUUCCAGCCGUGGUUUGGCUCAGGAAAUCUAUAGUUUCUAUAUUAAGUUCAUCACCAACAAUUGUACCACCCUCCACCCAGUAUCCAAUCCCAAAACCACUUUCCCAUCUGUAGGUAUUUGUCAUAGCAAUACCCCACCUCAUACUAAAAUUUAUAUCAGAUUCCUACUGUUACUGUAACAGAUUCUUACAAACAUGAAGGGAUAAAAGGGUAAGUUUCUGGUUCUGUCUGGUUUUAAGGCCACAAAUCUAAAGCCAAGAUAUUGGCAGGACAGCACUCCUCUGCAAGCUCUAGGAGAAAAUCUACUCUUUGCAUAUUUUCAUGUGAUUGUAAUUAUUCCUUGGAUUGUGGCUUUAUCUCACUCUGCUCUGUGUUUUUGACAUCUUCCCCUCUGUGUAUAUAAUCACCACUGCCUCUCUCGUAAGGAGUUUUAGUGACCCUUCCAGAUUGUCUAUGAUAAAUCCUCAUUUUCAGAGCUUAAACUUAAUUACACCUUCCCUUAACCUCCUUAAGAAAAUAAGUUAAUAUCACAAAUUCUGGGGAUUAGUACAUAAAUGAACAUGUCUUUGGGGGGGGCAUAAUUCAACCGCUACACUAGUCAUUGCAUAUAAAUGUACUUUAUAUUUGUUAAAAAUGCAUCCUUGGUGCUCAAGCCACAUUUAAGGUUGUUAUUAAAAGCUAUUGUCUGCCCAGGCUACUGCAUGCUUUGUUAUUAAAUAGACAAAAAGACUAUUCUAAAUUUUGGUUGAUACUUUUGCCACUGUAAGAAAUUAGCUGAAAAAAUUCACUUAUCUCAACUCUGAUCUGGUAUAUCUCUUCUCCCCUUUUUUAUGAAGUCUUUGUUCAGAUGUCUUCUAUGAUGCAUAAUGCAGGCACAAAACUACCUCUGAUACAGAAUGGUUCUUUACAAACUUCUUUUACAUAUUGUGAAUCCCUCAGCUGAAGGGAGAUGUAAAAACAAAGACUGUGUUGAAUGGGUAUUGAGGAAGAUUGUGUCCGUAGCAAGCCACCUUAUAGAAAUAGUUCAAGUAGCAGAAAAAAACUGUCAAUUUAUGCUCUCAUUUCACCAAGAUUCACCUUGGAAUAAACACUUGUAUUUGUGCUGGGCCAGUAAUGAUUUGCAAUCUCUAGAUAAUGCCUACUAAUUCAAUAAAGCUUAAAUUUGCAUUAAA